AUGAUGGCCUCAAGUCACUGGAGUGAAACAAGCAACAGGAGCUGUGGGACCCAACAAGCUCCAGAGUUGCUGCAGUGUCAGCCACAGCAUUACCAUUGUUACCAUCAGUCAAGCCUAGCCCAGCAACCGCCAGAAAAAGAUGUGGUAUAUGAGCGAGUGAGAACCUACAGUGGGCCCAUGAACAAAGUAGUUCAGGCCUUGGAACCCAUCAGCUCCCAGGAAGUCCUCUCUCCUCUCAGAAGUGCUGCCUCCUAUCAAAAUUUGGUUUGGAGUGAUCAUUCCCAGGAACUCUGUUCUCCAUCUCUGAAAAUAUCUACUUGUGCCCCAAGUACUCUACAUGUAAACCAAAAUACUGAACAGGAAUUCCAAUUUCCAACAAAGGCAAUAACUACCUACCCACAGACCACGGUUAGGAGUUAUGUGGUUCAAAAUCCUGAUCAGGAGCGACUGUCACCAUUACUAAGAGGAAGACAUUUCAUGCCAGGAAAUAAUGUUAUUUAUGAAAAAAUAAUUAGAAAAGUGGAGAAAUUAAAUGUGGAUCAGGAAUGCUGUCCUCAGAUUCAAUGUCACCACCACAUUGUCCAGCAGCCCCAGAUAAUCCAUCUUCCACACUGCCAACAAUCUUACUCUGGUCAACAAAUUCAAAAUAUCAUAGGAAAUGACUCAGUUUCUACAAAUACUGAAAAGGAGCUAUUCCAGGGCACAUCAAUCCAUAGAGAUGAUCAGGUGAUAAUUCAUGAUGAUGGCCCUGAAAAAUUGGACCCCAAAUAUUUUGGAGAGUUGCUUGCUGAUCUUACUCGUAAAAAUACAGACCUAUAUCACUGCUUACUGGAACAUUUACAGAAAAUUGGAGGAAGUAAACAGGACUUUGAAUUGACAGAUGAGUCAGAAGACAUUGAAUCAUUGAUUCCUAAAGGACUGUCAGAGUUUACAAAACAGCAAAUUCGCUACAUUUUGCAGCUGAGGAAUAUGUCUGACAAGUCACUUCGACUAGUCCUUUCUACAUUCAGCAACAUAAAGGAGGAACUUGGACAACUGCAAGAUGAUUUGACAUCACUCGAAAAUGACAAAAUUAGACUGGAGAAAGACUUGAUAUUUAAAGAAACUCAAAUAAAAGAGUAUGAAGAACUCUUGGCAUCAGUGAGAGCAAAUAAUCGCCACCAACAGCAAGUACUUCAAGACUCAACUUCAAAAUGCCAGAUGCUGGAAGAAAAUAAUCUCUCUCUUAUACAUAAAUUAUCUGACAUAGAAUAUAGAAUAAAAGAACUGGAAUAUUGUAAAUGUAAUUUGGAGAAAGAGAAUAAAAAUCUUAAAAUACAGGUUGCUGAAACAAGCUCAGGUGUGAUGAUGCAGACUAAAAUGGAUGACAUUGGGAAUCAUUAUAUGGAAAUGGUAAAAAACUUAAGAAUGGAGAAAGAGAGAGAGAUUUCCAAACUAAGGACUCAGUUAAAUAAUUAUCAAAAAGAUAUUUCAAGAAGAGAAGGAAGUUGCAGUGACUUCCAAUUUAAACUUCAUGAGCUAACAAGCCUGCUGGAAGAGAAGGAUUCCCUUAUAAAGCGCCAGGCAGAGGAACUCUCAAAAUUGAGGCAAGAAAUAUAUUCAUCUCAUAAUCAACAUUCCAGUGCUGGAAGAACUACUAUUACAACUAAAAAGUACAGGACACAGUAUCCAAUUCUAGGCCUCCUUUAUGAUGACUAUGAAUACAUUCCACCUGGCAAUGACACACAAACUAUAGUGAUUGAGAAAAUAGAAGAUAAAUGGACUCGCGUAAGUUCAUUUGGGUAUUUGUAA